AUGUUGACUUAUAUCAAUGGGAGUCCUGGCUAUACCAGAAUCAUCCUUAUUAUACUUGUCAAGUAUCUUGUCCACUUUUAUGAUAAGUUCAACAUCCGCUACAACAUUGCUGAACUUCUUGAGUACCUGUGGCAAGUCCCUAGUCAUCGUAAUGCUUGGAGAAGGAUUGCAAAGGAAGAGGAAAAGGGUGUCUAUCUGAACUUCUUAAACUUCCUGAUCAACGACAGCAUCUAUCUUCUUGAUGAAAGUCUUAAUAAGAUUCUUGAACUGAAAGAGCUGGAAGCUGAGAUGGCGAACACUGCUGAAUGGGAGCGGCGACCUGCUCAAGAGAGGCAGGAGCGAACCCGACUAUUCCAUUCUCAGGAAAAUAUUAUACGUAUUGACAUGAAAUUGGCGAAUAAAGAUGUCACUAUGCUGGCGUUUACUUCUGAACAAAUCACAGCUCCUUUCCUACUUGCUGAGAUGGUUGAAAGAGUAGCAAGUAUGCUCAAUUACUUUCUGUUGCAACUGGUGGGUCCCCAAAGAAAAUCCCUUAGUUUGAAAGACCCAGAAAAAUAUGAAUUCCGUCCAAAGCAAUUGCUUAGGCAGAUUGUACAGAUAUAUGUUCAUUUGGCAAGAGGUGAUACGGAAAAUAUCUUCCCAGCUGCCAUUUCAAAGGACGGUCGAUCAUAUAAUGACCAGUUGUUCACUGCAGCAGCAGAUGUUCUCAGGAGAAUUGGUGAAGAUGGGAGGAUUAUACAGGAAUUUGCUGAGCUAGGUGCCAAAGCUAAAGUUGCCGCUUCUGAGGCUAUGGGCACGGAGGCUGUUCUCGGAGAGAUACCCGAUGAGUUCCUUGAUCCAAUUCAAUACACAUUAAUGAAGGAUCCGGUGAUCUUACCUUCUUCCAGAAUCACAAUAGAUCGGCCAGUCAUUCAAAGGCAUCUUCUUAGUGAUAGUACUGAUCCAUUCAACCGUUCCCAUCUUACCGGGGACAUGUUGAUACCCAACACUGAAUUAAAGGCGAGAAUCGAGGAGUUUAUUAGGUCUCAAGAAAUGAAGCGACUUGGUGAAGGCUUAAGCACGCAGAGCUCCAAGGAAACUAUACAAACCACAGAUGGUCAAAUGCUGAUUGAUUAGGUAUUUAGUUUGGAGUGAUGAGUUAGGUUUUAUAUUUUGGGAAGGAUACAUUAUUUAUUUCAAUAGUAAUUAAUAUUUUAAAUGAGGAUUGUAAGUAUUCCGACGCCAAUUUCACAUGUUUAUUCUUAGAAAUAACAUUUGUUCUUUCUGAAACACCCUGUAAAGUUUCUGCAAUUUGAUGUAUAAGACGUUAU